CACGCAUCGACGACCUCCGCAAGGACACUCGAGACCGAGCGCAACGAGCUCCUGCGCGCGCCCGAAUCGUCACGGCUUUUGAUCCGUCCUGUCUACUUGGAGGCCGAUGUUAGGGUAUUCGGCAGCAUACUUACUGCACGAGGGAACUUGCCGAUCUGCCUUGAGUGCGCUCAUCAUGCUCAUGUGCCCUAGUUCACGCGAUACCACGCCGGCUACUCCGCGUUCGUGGAGCUGUGUUCCGUUGUCAAGGUCGGCGAACGCCAAGAACAUUGAACAAAGCUGCGGCACUCGGGGGUCGUCCAAGGUUCGACGGCACUGUGCUCGUGUCUUGUGUUGAAACGUAGUCUCGGGCUUGCUUGUCGGAACUUUAUCGCGGAACCCCGGGCGACGGCGUAUGGUAGAAGCUCCGCGGUACUCGCCACUCAACGUUCAAGAUCUGGACAGAACAUGUCGACAGGGAGCGCUUGUUCUACUCCCUAAGGUCGUCAGCUCAGCACACUCGACGCUUCGCCCCCCCUGGAACACAUCGUUCUCGCCUGGUCGGUAUCGCUCCCUCAAGAAGAUAUGGCCCACACCUGGUGUCACAUGGCUAUCUCCGUGCCGCGACAGGCUAGAGCUGUGCUUCCCAUAUGUCAUUCAAUUCCGUCAACCCACUCGUCAGUGCAGAGAGCCGCAAAGAACUGUCGCUUUGGGGCACAAGUCUCUUGCCGUCUUCACGAGGAUUCUGCAAUGUCCUCGGCGAUGCAGCAGUUCUCAGGGCUGUCAGCGUGGUAUUUGCCGAUGUGAGAACGGUACAUGAUCUGUAAUGGGAGAGAGAUGGUCUUGGCGGCUGACUGGAGGCUGAAAGGCCUAACUGUAGUCAAGUGGGCACAGAACAAUCGAUUUCUUCCCCCUCCAACCGGUCCAAGAAGCAUUUGCCGUCGGAAAGGAACCGACGAGUGUCAGCUACGAUCAUGGGGAUCGCUGCACUUUGCCCCCAUUACUCCGCCCGACGGGUUCCGUCUCGUCAUCACCGUCGCAGACAAGAAGAAUCCCGAGCGCAGACGGCCCACGAAGCACUCAGACGCAGUGGGUGCUUCGCAAGGUCAGACGGGCGUAUAUGAGGGUGAGAACAGAUGCGGACUGAGUCUCACCAGUCAACCUCGACAUCCAGCCCAUCUCCGACCCGCUAUGUCGACCACCACCCGCUCUGUGUUCAUCACCGGUGCGAACCAAGGCCUGGGCUAUCACACCGUGCACCAGCUCGCACAGACGCCGAACAUGGUCCUCUUCAUGGGCGCCCGCCGAAUGACCGCCGCAGCGGAAGCCAUCGUCCAAAUCACACCCGACGUCCACCCCACCUCCCGCGUGUUUCCCGUGUACAUCGAUCUCGCCGACGAGAAAACCAUCGCCGAUGCGAAGGAUGCCGUCGCCGCGAAGCUGAAGGAGCUGGGUGUCCCAGGUCUGGACUUCCUCAUCAACAACGCGGCCAAUGGUGGAAGCCCGGUCGUCCUCACGCUGACGGUCAACAUCGCGUCGACCAUCGCGGUCAAGAACGCCUUCUACCCGCUGCUCAACAAGGGCGGCGAGAUCAUCAACAUCUCCUCUGAGCUCGGUUCGCAGGCGCGCCACGCCGCCCGCCCGCCCAUCAGCUUCGAGGGCCACGAUCUCAUGGUCUACGCUGCGAGCAAGGCGGCGCUGAACAACCUCACGCUCCAGUGGGCAUUCGAGGAGGAGGAGAAAGGCUCCGGCAUCCGCGUCGUGGCGAUCUGCCCUGGUCCGAACUCGACGAGCAUAGCGCACUUCUCGAGCUUCGGGAUGCAUCCGUCUGUUGGAUGCGGUGUCAUGGUCAACGAGGUCCUGGCGCCCUCGGGGAAAAGUGGCGUGUUCUUCAAUAAGGACGGCCUGAUUCCUUGGUGACAGUCUUGUACAAUAUCUAAUCAAUCGGCGCGCACAAUCAGAUCUGAUAAUCUUUGUCCAUGUGAUCAGCGCGGCACGACGCGCAGGCAGGUCUCUGAAUCGUUUAUGACGGCUGAAUCCGGACGAGGGCCCACUCGGGGUUCACCACCUGGCGCCAAAGUCUCGCGUUCCAGAGCGGCGAGGAUGCAUCCGUCUGAGGGAUGCAAGGAAAUGGCUAGCGGUCUUGACACCGUCGGGAAAAAGCGGCGUGUUUUCAGCAAAGACGGCUCACUUUUUUGCCCCUGCUAGGGUCAAUGAAAUCGCCUGCUUUGAUAGUCACGCCAGUGACCUGGAUCACCUCAAGUUGAUGCCACCCUCUCAGCACGCAUCGACGGCCCCUUCGCAAGGAGCUCAAAACACUUGAAACCCAACGCAAUGACCUUCUGAGAAACCCCAAUCGUCACAGUAUUCGAUCUGUCGCGUCCCAUUGGAGACCAUCGCUGUGGUAUUCGGCUGCAUAGUGGGAGUCUAAGCAUAACUCACAAGCCACGUCGUGAAUCUGCUUUCCGCGCGCAUGCGCCGCAGAUGACGCGAUAUCGCGCUGGCUGCAGACCCAUAUCUGUAUGCUGUGGUCAUGCCUCCGUUUGUUCCCCGGCCUUGCCAUCGAGAUUCGCCGGCGCUGUGUGGUGUGCUGCGCGCUAGUCGUCCCAGACUGGUGUAUCCGGGACUUGCGGGCGAUAUUCUGGGAAACGGGGUGCAAUGGACGCUUGUCGCUGGGGCUGCUAGUUUUCGACGAUCUAGUUCUCCCGCGGGGUUGGGGGAGGUGUUUACCGACGCAUCCACCCACGCGCGUGCCUGGCUCGAAUUUCCCCUCGCUGGAAUGUCCUGGCGACUCUCGCAAUCGCAAAACCCCUGCGGCUGAGCGAUCUCGCUUGCACCUGAACUGUCUCGCUCUUCCCGACAUGCCACAUCUCGGCUCGAGAUCCUGAAUCUUGGGAUCGUGCGCGUGGAGCAAGUGCUGAUGCUGGCGGGUUAUUCACGUCGUCCUGCGUGCGGUCUGCUGCUGCUGGGCCCGUUAGAAUACAUGAGCAUGCGCGUCGCCCAGUCAUAAUCCUCUCUGCAGAAAGAGUGGCUCCACUAUGGACGUUCUUCUUAGGCACCUGGUUUAUUCUGGUCAAGUACCUCCUCGGCAAGAUCUAGAUGAUCCUCUCAAGUAGCUGCACACAAACUCUGGUGUCAGCGACGUGACUAGUUCCAUCCCUCGAUGAGCUGGAACUGCUCCAACCCUCUUGCAUCAUUCCCGUCAAGUUAUUCGUCAGCCAUCCGGAAUGCCGCGCAGAACUCUCACUCCUGUGCGCAGAUUCUUCGGCCACCUGUUGAUGCUUCUGCAACGUCCUCGGGCAUCCAGUGGUUUUCUUGACCGUCCGCAUGGCAUCGCCGACGAGGGAACGGUGCGCGAUCAGUAAUGGGAAGGAGAUUGCUAAGCUCGUACAUACGUCUCGGUCUGAUCUCCGGGCGACUUGACUGGACUUGACUCCACAAUGGUCAACCUGGAAUCCGACAGGACACGUUGACACGGCUCUUGAGAGGGGUCAAGUGGGUCCAGGACGAUCAGAUUCUCCUCUCUUCACUGGUCCGAGAACCCUCCCGCCGGAAAAUAAUCGCCGAAUGUCACCCAUUAUCAUGGAGGCCGUUGGACUUUGUGCCCAUUACUCCGCCCGACGGGUCUCAUCUCGUCAUCAGUAUCGCAGACAAGGAUCCCGAGCGCAGGCGGUGCACAGAAUAAUCCAAGGCAGUGGGUGCUUCGCAGAGCGGAGGACGAGCAUAUAUGAGUUACGAGCACGGGCUAUUAGGACCUCAGUCUGUCCAGUCCACUUCGACAUCCAUCCCAUCUCCAACCCGUCAUGUCCACCACCAUCCGUGCUGUAUUCAUCACCGGUGCCAACCAAGGUCUGGGCUAUCACACCGUGCACCAGCUCGCGCGGACGCCCAACAUGGUUGUUUUCAUGGGCGCCCGCCGGAUGAACGCCGCCGCGGAGGCCAUCACUCAGUUGACGUCGGACAUCCACCCCACGUCCUCCGUCUUCCCUAUCUACAUCGAUCUCGCCAACGAAAAAACCAUCACCGAGGCGAAGGAUGCCGUCGCCGCGAAGCUGAAGGAGCUGGGUGUCCCGGGUCUGGACUUCCUCAUCAACAACGCGGCCAGCGCAGGAAGCCCGAUCAUCUUUGCGCUGACGGUCAAUAUCGCAUCGAUCAUCGCCAUCAAGAACGCCUUCUAAGUACUCGCUGCUGAACAAGGGCGGCGAGAUCAUCAAUAUCUCCUCCGAGCUCGGUUCACAGGCCCUCCACGCCGCCCGCCCGCCCAUCAUGUCUCGCGCGGAAGUCGCACAGGUCCGCCACGACGCCGCCGCCCCGUCCACCGGCGCUGAGGGCCAGAAUCUCCUGGUCUACGCUGCGACGAAGGCGGCGCUGAACAACCUCACGCUCCAGUGGGCGUUCGAGGAGGAGGAGAAAGGCUCUGGGAUCCGCGUCGUCGCGAUCUGCCCUGGUCCCAACGCAACGAGCAUGGCCGACUUCUCGACCCUCGGCGCGCAUCCGUCUGUCGGAUGUGGUGUCAUGGUCAACGAAGUCCUGACACCCUCGGGGAAAAGCGGCGUGUUUUUCAAUAAGGACGGCCCCCUGCCUUGGUAGAUGUCUGUGUAACAUAUCGCGGCAAUAUGAAUGCGCAAUGAGACCGGAAGCUUGGUACCUCUGGCCAACUCGGCAAGGUUUGCAGAGCUCUGAAACGUCUCUGACGG